CGGAGGGGGGCGUGGCUGGGCGGCAGCUAACGGGCUCGGGCGGCGGCACGGCGGAGAUGGGCGGGGGGCGGCGGUGAGAAGCGGCCGGGACCCCCCUCCAUGGACCUGGACGUGGAUUACGAGAGGCCAAACGUAGAGACCAUCAAGUGCGUCGUGGUGGGGGACAACGCGGUGGGCAAGACCCGGCUCAUCUGCGCCCGUGCCUGCAACGCUACGCUGAGCCAAUACCAGCUGCUGGCGACACACGUGCCCACCGUGUGGGCUAUUGACCAGUACCGGGUGUGUCAGGAGGUGCUGGAGCGCUCCCGAGAUGUGGUGGAUGAGGUCAGUGUGUCCCUCCGCCUAUGGGACACCUUCGGAGACCACCACAAGGACCGGAGGUUCGCUUAUGGCAGGUCGGACGUGGUGGUGCUCUGCUUCUCGCUGGCCAACCCCAACUCCCUGCGCCACGUGAAGACCAUGUGGUACCCCGAGAUCAAACACUUCUGCCCGCGGACGCCCGUCAUCCUGGUGGGCUGCCAGCUGGACCUGCGCUACGCAGACCUGGACGCCGUCAACCGCGCCAGGCGCCCCUUGGCCAAGCCCAUCCGACCCACGGACAUCCUGCCCCCGGAGCGGGGCCACGAGGUGGCCAAGGAGCUGGGCGUCCCCUACUACGAGACCAGCGUGGUGGCCCAGUUUGGCAUCAAGGACGUGUUUGACAACGCCAUCCGAGCCGCCCUGAUCUCCAGAAGACAUCUGCAGUUCUGGAAAUCUCAUUUGAAGAAGGUCCAAAAACCUUUGCUUCAGGCUCCAUUCCUACCUCCAAAGCCCCCCCCGCCGGUCAUCCGCAUCCCCGAGCCGCCCUCCAGCCGCGCCUGGGGCCCCGCCGCGCUGUUCUGCACCCCGCUGUGCGCCGACGUGGUGUUCCAGCUGCAGGGCGGGCAGCGCGUCUUCGCGCACCGCGUCUACCUGGCCACGUCCUGCUCCAAGUUCUACGACCUCUUCACCCUGGAGGGGCCGCCGGGGACGGGCAAGGAACCGGCCGCCCGCGCCCGCAGCCUGGACGGGGAGCGGGGGGUGCUGGGCGACGGGCCGCGGGCCGCGCUGCGGGCGGCGCAGAGCGACGAGGCGCUGCGGGCGGCGCCGGGGGACGGAGCCCGAGAUCUGUCCGCGUGGGGCCGAGGCUUCGUCAGCAUGAGGCGGGAGCUGGUGGCCGACCCGGUGGCCGGGAGGGAGAAGCGGAUGACGGUGGUGCGCAUGGACCGCUCGGUGGCGGCGGAGCCGUUCCGCGCCGUGCUGGAGUAUCUGUACACCGGGCGGCUGGAGCAGGCGAGAGGAGACCUGAUGCAGGUGGCCACCAUCGCCGAGCUGCUGGAGGUGUUCGACCUGCGCAUGAUGGUGGCCAACGUGCUCAACAAGGAGAGCUUCAUGAACCAGGAGAUCACCAAAGCCUUCCACGUGCGCCGUGCCAACCGCAUCAAGGAGUGCCUGGGGAAGGGCGUCUUCGCAGACGUUGUGUUCCGCGUGGACGACGGGGCCGUGCCGGCCCACAAACCGCUGCUGAUCGCCGGCUGCGACUGGAUGAUGGCCAUGUUCCGGGGCGCGUUCCGGGAGAGCUACGCGGCCGAGGUCUCCCUGCCGGGCACCAACUGCGCGUGUCUGCGCGCCGUCCUCGACUUCCUCUACACCGGGGUCUUCACGCCCACGCCCGACCUGGACGCCAUGGAGCUGCUCAUCCUCACCAACCGCCUCUGCCUGCCCCGGCUGCAGGCGCUCACAGAGCAGUACGCGGUGGACGAGCUGCUCCGCGCCUUCAUGCAGCAGGUGGAGAUCGACGAGCAGGUGAUCAUCUACCUGGAGAUGACACAGUUCCACAACGCGCGGCAGUUGGCGGCGUGGUGCCUGCACUACAUCUGCACCAACUACAACAGCGUGUGCCGCCGCUUCCCCCGCGAGAUGAAGUUCAUGUCCGCAGAGAACCGGGCGCACUUUGAGCGGCACCGCUGGCCGCCGGUGUGGUACCUGAAGGAGGAGGACCAUUACCAGCGGGCGAAGAAGGAACGGGAGCGCGAGGAGCAGCUGCAGCGCAAGCAGCACACCCGCAGCAAGUGGUGCUUCUGGCGGCCAUCGCCCAGCAGGAGCUGGAGCAGCAGCAGCAGCAGCAGCAGCAGCAGCAGCAGCAGCAGCAGCAGCAGCAGCAGCCUGGCCCAGGGCCGGAUCCCAUCAGUGCUGGAGCUGCAGGAAAAGCUCCCGCAGGGCUGUGCCGGACCCAGGAGCUGCAGGAAGCUCCCACCCUGCCCAGCAAAGGGCUGAGCGGGGCUGAGCUCCCCCGGCCCCACACGCACCCCCUGCUCUGUUGGGCCCUGGGAAUAGAGCCAGCAGUUUGGCCCUGCUGCAGCCGGCAGGGAAAGCUGGGACACAGAGCUCCAUGACACAGAGGGGACACAGAGGGGCAGUGGUGGCAGCACGGGGGGAGCUCCAGCACAGAGCGUGCCCCCCCUUCCAGCACAGCCCCUUGUGGGCCCAGCUCCCGGCCCAUGGGGGGACAGCAGGGCCAUGGGGGGACAGCAGGACCAUGGGGGGACAGCAGGGCCAUGGCUGUGCACAGUGACCUCGCAGCCUGCCCCCGGUGCACGCAGCCGUCCCAGCAGAGCACAGCGCAGCCUCUGCUUUCUGCAGCACAGGAGCACAGCUGCAGCCUCUGUCUGCUGAGCACAGCAGUGGUGCUACGUGCCCGCAGAGCUGGCAGGGUGUGAGUCCUGGCCUUGCCCUGCUGUGUGCCCCGAGCAGGGGCGGCCCGUGCUGCGGCACCCAUGGGUGCGGCUGCCUGGGGUGGGAACGGCUGCUGCAACCCACCCGGCCGGAGCAGCACGUAGCACAGGUUGGGCCUGGAUCCCGUCCUGCCUGAAGGUGCCGUGGGGAAGAGAGGAGUCAGCUCCGCUCCUCCCCGCAGGGAAUGGAUGGGAAUGCCGCUAUGGGAAUGGAUGGGAAUGCCACUAUGGGAAUGGAUGGGAAUGCUGCUUGGGAAUGGUAUUGGGA